CACACACACACACACAGAGCAGAAAUUUCCCAUUUUCUAUGAAAGCAAAGGGAGGGGGAUGGACGGGUACCCAGUAAUUGUUCGUGUACUGUACGUGUACGAGAGCAUUGCUGACAGCUGAGGAACCACUCACUGUUGCUCAGUUUUGUCUUAGGCGUCAGUGUGCGUGUCUGUUUUUGAAAGCUUAUAGACGCAGUUGCUCGUUAACAGCAAUAAUGGGUAGAUGGCUAAAACGUGACAGUUGCUGCAGCCGCAGUGGUGACGCAGAUGAAGGAAAUCAAACAGGUGCAAAGAAAAAGAAGACAGAUCUUCCUAAAAAUCGGCAGUUCAAGAAGAUUAUGUGCUUUUGGUAUUUACUGCUACGAAUUCUGAUCCUCCAGAAGCUUUGUGCUUCUUUUGUGGGGAGAGGCUGGCCAACAGUAGUAUGAAACCAGCUCACCUCCAGCGUCACCAGAAAACAAAACACCAGUGCCAUGUUGGUAAACCGGCAGAAUUCUUCAAAAGAAAGCUCUCUGAUUUUCAGGGCUCCCAAAAAGUACUCCAGAAAGCCACCACAACUUCAGAGAAGGCUCUGAAAGCAUCUUUAGCUGUAUCUCUAUUAAUUGCUAAAGCCAAAAUGCCAUUCAGUAUUGCUGAAGAACUUAGUUUGCCAGCUGCAGGUAUGAUGGCUGAAAUAAUGCUGGAUAAAAAGACAGCUGACCAACUAAAAGCAGUUCCUUUAUCACACCAAACUGUCUCUCGCAGGGUAAGUGAAAUGAGUGCCGAUAUUCAGGAUCAAGUUGUGAAUAAACUGAAGGCAAGCCAGUCAUUUUCACUCCAAGUUGACGAAUCAACUGACAUCAGUGGGCAAGCUCAACUUGUCUCAUUUGUGAGAUAUAUUGAUGAAGAUGAUAUCAAGGAACACAUUAGUUUGUAAAAAAUUGGAAGAGCAC